AUGGCCAUUCACAAGAUUUUUUCAUCACUCAUUGCCUUGACCCUCAUUGGGAACGGCCUCAGUUUUCCUACCGGCACAGACGCAAAGGCCGAGACGCUCGUUCUAUCCGAGCCUCGUGAGGCUAUCCACCUGCAGAAGCGAACUCAGGAAAUAAUUGGCUAUAGGCGUGUGCAUCCCGACCAAGCCCAGAUAUACAAAGACGCGGGGGAUACACUCACGCCCAGCAAUAACAGGGGUGGUGGUCAAAUCGGCAAGGGCGUGUAUGCCUCUGAUGAUCAGGGUGCAUGGGAAGGAGAUCCAGGUCAUACGUACUGUGUUAUCUUGGCCGACAUUGACGCGUUUAACAAGUUGGAUAAAGCCUGGGUUCCUAGGUCACACUGGUGGGGGGAUGAGGCAGCCAACGUUUUUAAGGCCGACGCCUAUGUCAAAGACACCCUCAAGUUGGACCCUACUAAGACCAUAAGAAUGUCUAUUGUCGACAACCCGGGAAAACAAACGCUCCAAAUGAUGAUUCCCAAUGAUUUGCUCAACCAGAAAGGUGGAGGCUUGAGUCUUCAAGUCAACUGCCAGGAGCCUAACAAAAAAAAGAAACCAAACCUGCCUAACCACAAAGUUGACUACAACUCCUGGACCAACGUACAUGGAGAGAAGUAUGAGCAGGGUGAAAUUGAGGUUCAUCGAGUCAAGGAGCCGGCAGAGAAAUUUCUCAAGGAUUCCGAAGCCGCCGUUGCAGAGGCCGAGGCGGCUGCGUCCGUCCAAGCCGCGGAAGCUGCCAGCACAAAAGCCAAGGCUGCUCUUAAAGGCCUGCAAGACAUUGCUCAGCAGGUCGUGGAGCAUACUCUCAAGAAUAAUGAAUGGAUGACCAUCUAUCAGAACAGGGACUUUUUUGAGCUCUUCAACCAGGUGAGAGCAAACUUCAAGUCAGUAGCUUUGAAAGUAGACGAAAAGCUCGUAGAGGGGUACAAAGCCAAGUUUGACGAGGUUGCGAAAACGCCAGCAAGCCCCAAUGAGGUCCUGAGCGAGGCAGAGAGCCUCGGCGAAAAGAUCAGAAAAGUGGUCGCCAAGGUUCAGAACGAUCUAGACGCCAAGACGGCAUUGAAGUCGAACGAGCUCAAGUCCCCCCUGUAUCUGGGGGAUAUCAACGCGAUUGACGUUGCGGACCUUAAUGAACUAGAGGGAGAGGCUAUCGCUUUGGAAGUCUCGGUUCUGGAAAAGAGUGCGGCCAAGCUGGCAGAAAUUCAGAGCCAGGUGGACGCGCAGCUCGAAAAGCUGCGGCCCAAUGCCGAGGCAAACCCCGGUGAAAAGGAUAUGCAAGACAAGGAUAAGGAUCAGGACAAGGACAAGGAUAAAAACAAGGAUAAAAGCAACAAGGGACAAGACAAGAGCAAUGACAACAAGGAACAAGACAAGAGCAAUGGCAACAAGGAAAAAGAACAAGACAAGGACGGCAACACCAAGGAACAAGGCAAGGCGAAUGGGGAAAAGGUCAUCGAGGAGAGAAAAAAGGUAGCCGACCAGGUGGCGACGACCAACGGCAACAGCUGGGUGGGCAAGGUAUUGGGAGGCAUCGGAGCGACAGUAGUGACCCUCGUUGGCGCAACCGGCUUGACCCUCGCGGCCGAGGCUGGUGCCACAGGCGGUUCAUUUACCGUCGGUGGCAUCACCAUGUUCUCGGCGCCAGUGUCCCUUCAAGUCUCCGACGCCGAGGUGGCGGCGGUGCUCCAGGAGGUGUUGCCCGAGGUCACCAACGAUGCCAUCACCGUGGCAGCAGAAACGCUGCACCCGCCCACGCCGAUUGGCAAUGUCCAGAUCCCGGUUCUCGCGCGGAAACGGGGACAAGGCCAGGACGAGAUACCCGAGGUGAAGCGAUGGAGGGUCGCGGCCUUGGCUCUCGUUGCGCAACAGGCCAUCAGGGACUCGCUGGAGGAGGCUUUUAAGCAGGCCCAGCAGGAGGUAGGAAAUGGAGCCAAGGCAGGCGGCAACUAG